AGGCGCGUGUAACUCGUGGCGUCUUCCACCACGCCAUAUAUAAGCUCACGCAUCACGCAUUUUCAUUCGCUCUUCACUCCUCUUUCGUCUUCUCACAGCUCCUUCCACCAAACAACAAACACCUAACAGCCAAAGACUCCGUUUUCAUCUAUCAAUGGCGCCGGCAGCUGCAGCUUCUUCAGAUCACAUAAAACCCCGAGAUGUUUGCAUUGUUGGUGUUGCACGUACGCCGAUGGGUGGAUUUCUUGGUACUCUGUCAUCUCUAUCUGCCACUAAGCUAGGCUCUAUAGCCAUUGAAGCUGCUCUUAAAAGGGCUAAUGUUGAUCCAUCCCUUGUGGAAGAAGUAAUUUUCGGAAAUGUUCUUAGUGCUAAUUUGGGGCAAGCUCCUGCAAGACAAGCUGCUCUCGGAGCAGGAAUACCCAAUUCAGUAGUCUGCACUACUGUUAACAAAGUUUGUGCAUCAGGAAUGAAAGCUACAAUGCUUGCAGCACAGAGUAUUCAAUUAGGCACAAAUGAUGUUGUUGUGGCUGGUGGUAUGGAAAGCAUGUCUAAUGUCCCUAAGUACCUGGCUGAAGCAAGGAAAGGAUCGCGCCUCGGGCAUGAUUCACUUGUUGAUGGGAUGUUGAAAGAUGGGUUGUGGGAUGUCUAUAAGGAUGUUGGGAUGGGAGUGUGUGCUGAGCUAUGUGCAGAUAACCAUGCAUUUACAAGAGAAGACCAGGACAACUAUGCGAUUCAGAGUUUUGAACGUGGAAUUGCUGCCCAAGAUAGUGGUGCCUUUAAAUGGGAAAUUGUUCCAGUUGAAGUCUCUGGCGGAAGGGGAAAACCUUCAACAGUUGUUGAUAGGGAUGAAGGCAUAGGAAAGUUUGAUGCUGCCAAGUUACGCAAACUUCGUCCAAGUUUCAAGGAGACUGGAGGUUCUGUUACUGCUGGCAAUGCUUCCAGCAUAAGUGAUGGUGCUGCUGCGUUAGUUUUGGUGAGUGGAGAGAAGGCACUGAAGCUUGGCCUUCAAGUUAUUGCAAAAAUCACUGGAUUUGCUGACGCUGCUCAGGAACCAGAGUUAUUUACGACGGCUCCAUCCCUUGCCAUUCCCAAAGCCAUUUCCAAUGCAGGGUUGGAGGCUUCACAAAUUGACUUUUAUGAAAUUAAUGAAGCUUUUGCGGUUGUGGCUCUUGCAAACCAAAAACUUCUUGGACUAAAUUCGGAAAAAGUAAAUGUACAUGGUGGAGCUGUUGCACUGGGUCAUCCUCUUGGUUGCAGUGGUGCUCGCAUUCUGGUGACACUUUUGGGGGUAUUGAAGCAGAAGAAUGGGAAGUACGGAGUCGGUGGCAUUUGCAACGGAGGAGGUGGUGCAUCUGCCCUUGUUGUUGAGCUUUUGUAAGCCCUUUUUCAGAGCCAGCGUUUCGUGCAAAGCUCAAAGAUCCUGCUUCCUUCAUCACCGUACAUGCAAAUUCCAAAUGUAUUACACACCAGACGGGAAGGGUGGACCGAAAUUUAGCUACAUAAUUGUUAGGUUUUAGUCUUAGAUACUGUGAAAGUGAAGUUUUCUUAGAUCAUUCAGCAAUAAAAAAAAAAAAAAAGCUUUCUGUCAUAUGUUACUGGCGCAAUUUGAUUUACGGUUUAAGACAUUUUACUCUCGUAAUUUGAUUUUUGGUUUAGAGUUGGAAUGAAUCUUUUCAAGCCUCUUAUUCCAAGCACAACAUUACAAAAA